ACGUCAGGCCAUCUCCAACACCAAUGGACAAAUUAGAGCGAUAAUAAAUCCAUUUUACUAUAUCAACAACCGAGGAACUCUACUUUGAAUGAAACUCACUUACGCAAAUCGUUCUGACAGAGACAAAAGAUAGGUGCAUCUGCAUCUGCAUCUGGCUGGAAACCCAUCCAAAUCCACCUACCACUCUCGCCACUGCGGAAGAAAGGGGAAACCUGCAAGGGGGUAAACUAAUGUACUUAUAUUUUUUAAUUAUUCAGAAUUUCAGAUUCCCAUUCCGCUGACCGCAGUGGGUCCCUCGUAUUAUCUCCUCCACCCUGCCCUUUUCGGUUCAAACUCCCAAACCCAAACCCCAACCCGAUUGCGGCGAUCAUCCAAUUUUCAGUUUGGAUAGUUUGAUUCCGCAGAAAGAAGAAUGAUCGAAGAAGAAGAAGAUGAUGAAGAGAUUUCAGCUCCUCUGAUUCGGAGGAUCCCGGAGGCCGGCGGCGCCUCCGGGUCGGGGGUGAGCGAAAAUUCGCCGGUGGAGCAAGUGGCGCUGACGGUUCCGGCGGCGGACGACCCCACAAUUCCGGUGGUGACGUUUCGGAUGUGGGUACUCGGGGCGGCGGCCUGCGCUCUGCUCUCGUUCCUCAACCAGUUCUUCUGGUACCGCCGGGAGCCGCUGUCUAUCACGGCGAUCUCCGCCCAGAUAGCGGUGGUGCCGAUCGGCCAUCUGAUGGCGGCGGCGCUGACGCGACGGGUGUUCUUCGAGGGGCGGAGGUGGGAAUUCAGCCUCAACCCGGGGAAAUUCAACGUGAAGGAGCACGUGCUGAUGACGAUCUUCGCCAAUGCUGGCGCGGCGAAUCCGUACUCGAUCCAUAUCGUGAGCGCCGUCAAAAUAUUCUACGGGCAGCGGUUGAGUUUCUGGGUGGCGCUGUGCGUGGUUCUGACGACGCAGGUUUUGGGCUUUGGAUGGGCCGGGCUUUUCCGGCGGUACUUGGUGGAGCCCGCCGCCAUGUGGUGGCCACAAAACCUUGUCCAGGUCUCUCUUUUCAGGGUUCUUCACGAAAAAGAAGUGAGGCCUCGCGGCGGAUUGACAAGAAAUCAGUUCUUUCUAAUUGCUUUCAUCUGCAGCUUUGCGUACUACGUCUUUCCCGGCUAUCUUUUCCCCAAGCUUACUUCUGUCUCCUGGCUCUGCUGGAUAUUUCCUUCUUCCAUUCUCGCCCAACAGCUCGGCUCCGGACUACACGGCAUGGGAAUUGGUGCGGUUGGGUUAGAUUGGUCCAGCAUAUCCUCGUACCUUGGCAGCCCAUUAGCUAGCCCGUGGUUUGCUACUGUUAACAUUGCUGCUGGAUACCUUCUUUGCAUGUAUGUUGUCACGCCGGUUAUGUACUGGCUCAACGUCUAUAAAGCUAAGACCUUUCCGAUAUUCUCUGAUGACCUAUUCACAUCCGAGGGGCAAAAGUACAACAUUUCAGCCAUUAUAGAUUCCAACUUCCACAUUGACUUACCGGCAUAUGAGCAGGAAGGACAACUCUAUCUCAGCACGUUUUUCGCCAUGACCUAUGCUUUCAGUUUUGCCUGUCUCACCGCCACCAUUGUUCAUGUCCUCCUUUUUCAUGGAAAAGAUCUGUGGCUGCUGAGCAAGUCGGCGUUCAAGGAGAAGAAGAUGGAUGUGCACGGCAAGCUUAUGCAGAAGUACAAGCAAGUCCCGGAGUGGUGGUUUUUGACCAUUCUCGGCCUAAACAUUGCGUGCACUCUGCUUGUUUGUCACUGUUACGUCGAUCAGCUCCAGUUGCCGUGGUGGGGUGUGUUAUUGGCAUGUGCUAUUGCCUUCAUUUUCACCCUUCCCGUUGGAGUUAUCACCGCCACGACCAACCAAGUACCGGGACUGAAUGUGAUCACAGAGUACAUUAUCGGGUACCUGUAUCCCGGAUAUCCCGUUGCUAACAUGUGCUUUAAGGUCUACGGCUACAUCAGCAUGAAACAAGCGCUGACGUUCCUCCAAGACCUCAAACUAGGACAUUACAUGAAAAUACCCCCUCGAACGAUGUUCAUGGCCCAGAUAGUCGGCACCCUGAUAUCAUCGCUGGUACAUCUCGGAACAGCUUGGUGGCUGAUGGAAACCAUACCCAACAUCUGUGAUCGGGCAGUACUUCCUCCAGGCAGCCCGUGGACAUGCCCGGGCGACCAUGUAUUCUACGAUGCUUCCGUUGUUUGGGGUUUGAUCGGGCCAGAAAGAAUAUUCGGAGACCUCGGUCACUACUCAGCUAUCAACUGGUCAUUCCUGGUGGGGGCGGUGGCCCCCUGCAUCGUCUGGCUGGCCCACAAGGCAUUUCCGAACCAGCAAUGGAUUCGGCUGGUCACAGUGCCCGUGCUGCUUGUGUCUAUAAUAAACAUGCCCCCGGCCACUGCCGUGAACUACAACAGCUGGAUCAUCAUCGGGUUCUUUUCGGGCUAUGUGGCAUACAGAUAUCACCGGGAAUGGUGGAGACGGCACAACUACGUGCUGUCGGGGGCCCUGGACGCCGGAUUGGCCUUCAUGGGGGUGUUGCUCUAUUUGGGAUUGGGCAUGGAGCACAUCAGCCUCGACUGGUGGGGAAGCGUCACGGAUGGAUGCCCGCUCGCCUCUUGCCCCACGGCCAAAGGAAUUGUUGUCCAAGGAUGCCCCGUAUCGUUUUGAUAUCUAUAUAUAUUAUGGAAAACAAAAGGAGACGGAUUCGCUGUCGACUCUACCUUUACCUUUAUUAUGUAUGCUGAUUUGAUUCAAUGAAUGAAUGAAUAGGAAAUCCGCGUCCAAAACAAACAUAGAGGAUGCACUGUACAUGUAUUUGUGUCUAUGAAUCCAUGUUUUCUGCACUA